GUCAAUGUUUCUGAUGGAGAUUUGUCUCUUGUAGGAUGUUUUUAAGGAUUUUCUUGUGUCUUACUGCCUUUUUCCACUUACAGCACACUCAAGUGAAACGCCAGCGCUCUCCAAGUGCAGACAUUCUUCCCCAGAAAAGGAGAAAAACCAAGGCCUCCACCUCGGAUGCAGACGACAUGCUCACAAGACCAUCAGCCACCAUCCCUGAUGCUGAGCUGCCUCCGGUCUCAAAUACAGCCCCCAACCUCCAACCUUCUACUGUUGCACCUCGGCCAGACAGCCCUCUAAAGAUCCACAACCGCUCAGUAGAAGAGUACCAGCAGGUGUACCAUGAAGUGGUCGAUGAUAUGCUGAGAGACGAGAACGGACAGCUCCGUCCAUACAGUUUGGAGCUGGGACACCUCAUAAAGAAGAAGCUAUGGGAGAGACUGAACCGUCCCACAAUGAUUAUGUCUACUGAUGAAGACGGCCGCCUUCACGUGGACGUGACUUACGGAGUUGAAGAGUGUCCUCCUGAAUUUAAUGUGGAUACUACGGAAGAACCCGAGUGCUGAGCUGAACAGCUCAGAGAAACAGUGAAAGAAAUGAGAACAGUUACUGAGUCUGUGUAAAUAAGCUUUAAAUAAUCUCUAAAUAAAACU